AAAAAAAAAAAAAAUUCAAAGCUUCGAUGUGCGAAUUCGCGGGUAAAAAUUCAAAAAUACUUUGCCUACCGCCAAAGUGGUCAAAUACAUAUAAGGAGCCUCCCAUUCCCUCCGUUUUCUCUGUCUAUUCUGUAUCCAUUUCCUUCCCUCGCUAUUCUUCCAUCACUUCAAAAAUUUCCUUCGAAGAGAGAAACUGAGAAAAGUGAACAAUCGAAAUGGGGAAAUCCAUCACCCCAGAUGCCGUUUCCAGCAUACUGGCAAACCCUUCUCCCGAUUCUCCCUCUGAUGUUGCGGAAACCAUUGUUCAAGUCGUCGAUCUCAAGCAAGUCGGCAACAGAUUUACAUUUAUGGCUAGCGAUGGAAGGACUAAGGUUAAGGCAAUUCUUCCGUCCAACUUGUCAGCUGAGAUCGAGUCGGGAAAUAUCCAGAACCUUGGGCUCAUCCGUAUUCUUGAUUACACCCUCAACGUCAUUCCUAACAAAUCUGAGAAGUAUUUGAUUGUGACCAAAUGUGAAGUUAUUUCUCCUGCACUUGAAACUGAGAUCCGUAGUGAGGUUAAAAAGGAAGAAGCUGGCAUUAUAUUGAAACCAAAGGAAGAAAUAGUGGUCAAAUCGGAGAUCGGAAGUGAAAUAAAGAGAGAACAAACUGGCAUCUUAUUGAAGCCAAAGCAGGAAAUAGUAGCCAAAUCUGCUGCACAGAUUCUGCAUGAACAGCAUGGAAACAUGGCUCCUACUGCGCGAUUGGCCAUGACACGAAGGAUUCAUCCUCUUGUUUCCUUGAAUCCUUACCAAGGCAAUUGGACUAUUAAGGUUCGGGUUACGAAUAAAGGCAUCAUGCGGACUUACAGAAAUGCUAGAGGGGAAGGCUGCGUCUUCAACGUUGAGUUGACUGAUGAAGAUGGUACACAAAUACAAGCAACAAUGUUCAAUGACGCUGCAAAGAAGUUCUUUGACAAGUUUGAAUUGGGAAAGGUUUAUUACAUUUCCCGAGGAACUCUAAAGGUAGCUAACAAGCAGUUUAAGACGGUCGAAAAUGAUUACGAGAUGACCUUGAAUGAAAACUCUGAGGUGGAGGAAGCGGCCGGAGAGAAGGCUUUUGUUCCUGAAACAAAGUUCAACUUUGUUCCAAUUGAUCAGCUAGGUCCCUAUGUUAAUGGGAAGGAAUUCGUCGAUAUUAUCGGAGUUGUCCAAAAUGUUUCUCCAACCUUGAGUGUUCGAAGGAAGAGCAACAAUGAAAAUAUCCCGAAGCGUGAUAUAACAAUUGCUGAUGAAUCAAAGAAGACUGUUGUGGUAUCUCUCUGGAAUGAACUUGCUACCAAUGUGGGGCAGGAAUUGCUGGACAUGGCGGAAACUUCUCCCAUUGUAGCAUUGAAAAGCCUUAAAGUUGGAGAUUUCCAAGGUGUGUCUUUAUCAUCUUUGAAUAGAAGUGUCGUGCUUGUAAAUCCAGAUAUACCAGAAUCAAAGAAGCUGAAAUCUUGGUAUGAAUCUGAAGGUAAAGGGACUGCAAUGGAUUCUGUUGGCUCUGGUCUGAUCUCUAGUACAAAGAAUGGAACGAGGUCUAUGUAUUCUGACAGAGUCUUCCUUUCGCAUAUUACCAGUAAUCCAUCCUUGGGUGAGGAUAAUAAGCCUGCGUUUUUCAGCAUAAAAGCUUAUGUCAGUUUCGUCAAGCCUGAUCAGCCAAUGUGGUACCGGGCUUGUAAGACAUGUAACAAGAAAGUGACUGAAGCUAUUGGAUCUGGGUAUUGGUGUGAGGGAUGUCAGAAGAACGAUGAGGAAUGCAGCUUGAGAUAUAUAAUGGUAAUGAAGGUGUCUGAUCCAAGUGGGGAGGCUUGGCUUUCUGUUUUCAACGAACAAGCAGAGAAAAUAAUUGGAUGUUCUGCGGAUGAGCUUGAUGGGAUGAAAUCACAGAUUGGAGAGGGGAAUACAUAUCAAUUAAAACUCAAAGAAGCUACAUGGGUUCCCUAUCUAUUUCGAGUUAGUGUCACACUGAAUGAAUACAUGAACGAGAAAAAACAAAGGAUAACAGUUAAAUAUCAUGCUCCUCUUGAUUUUGCUGCUGAAUCAAGAUUUCUGUUGGAGGAGAUUUCUAAGAUGCAACAAGCGUCUUGAGUCUUGAUUCUUGAAUAGAAAAUGGUUUUGGCUUCUUUGCAUUCAAAAGUAUGGCCUCUGCUAUUUAAUACUAACUCUUUCUGUCUGAGAAGAUAGAUGAUCCUUUUCUGGGACCAUCUGUCCGGGCCAAACUGAAUUUGUAAUGGCUCCAUGUUUCUGCUGUAAUAUAUGCUUCAACAGCUAUUUCAGGCUAUUCUAAUGCUCCUAGACUACAUGCCCUUUUGACUUUUAUUCGCUGAACACAGGUUAUUAUUGAUUGCUGGGAGUGCUUUUAUAUUUGUAAAUAUGGGUUGCAGAAAAACUACCAAAUGUUGGACCCACCCAUCAUUAUUUCAUUGUGAUCAGAGCAGAAAAUCGGUGGUGUUUUACAAUUUUGAUAGUGUAGGGGUUCCUUGGAAUGACAUGUAUCGUUUUUUAA